CACUCAUCAGUGAACACUCGUGCUCUGCUGCCUCCUCUGGGUUGUGCAUUGCUAAUAUAUCACAGCUCACAUCAAGUGCUGCGUCAGACUGUGUGUGUGUGUGUGUGCGCUCUGAAUGGAUUGCCAGUCUGUCGACAUCAACAACAGCUCAGUGUACAGAGGUGAAUAUGCCUCUUGCUGCUUUAUUCCUUCACACGUUUACCUGGGCCUGUGCAGCAGCCAUUGAUCCCGCCCCCAAGAUUGACGGACAACUGAGCUCUUCAGUCACUUUACAAGAGAACAUCACUCACCGCUUCAACUGCCAAUCAGAGGGAUGGAAUCCACAAGCCCCUCCCCUGCUCACCUGGUACUUGAACGGUGAGAGACAGAGCGAGGUGACGGGCAGCAGGGGGGCGGGGCGUGUGGUGAUGACAUCAGCGGACCAGACCGGACGUCUGAAGUUCGGUUCGGAGCGGAACAGCACGUUCACACUGCGACCCAGACGCGGGGACAGAGAGCUGGUGUGUGCUGCGCGAAACCCGGCGGGCGGAGACAGUUAUAACGCCAGCGUCACGCUGGACGUGCAGUUUCAGCCAGAGAUUCUGAGGGUGAACGCUCACUACAGCGAGACGUCGGACCCUGGCCUUUCCUUCAUUCUCUUUGCUUUGGUGCGCUCCAACCCCCCCGCCACCAUCAGCUGGGUGGAUCCGUCUGGUCAUGUGCUCGCCAACACGUCCGACUUCCUCAUCCUGGACUCGCGGAGCUACCCUUGGCUAGCCAAUCACAGCCUACACGUCACCCUGACUAGCCUAUCAGGAAACAUCUCUGUGAAUGCCAACAACAGCCUCGGCUCCGCCCACACUAACCUGACCCUCACAGAAUUCCUGCAGUCACGGGUGGAGGUCCCAAUGUUUGGAAUCGUGACGGGCGGAGCUGCCGGAUUCAUCACCCUCCUCAUCAUCACACUCAUGGUCUUCUUCCUCUUACAGAAAGACAAAACCAAAGCCAUCGAAGAGCCGGUGGAAGUGCAUCUUUCCUCAAAAUGCGGUGAUGUGCUGAAGGUCCAGGUGAACAGGACGUAUCUCCCGCGUGAGAACAUGUCUCUCCCGUCACACGUGCACUUGAAUGAUGACGGAGCGCUCUGUAAAGGCGGACAACAGAACUCCAAACACAACACACUGGAGAGAAAGCGCAAGGAUGAGGAAGAUGAAGAUCUGUCUGCGGCUUACGCGGCCCGAGGUUUUGCUAGAUAUCCAAUGGUGGGUUACAUCUAUAAAGUGAGCAGCACCAGCAGUGAUGAGAUCUGGCUAUGAACAUCAUCUACAAACACACACAAUCAUCAAUUCUUCUCAACAUCAGACGUAUCUGAUCUAUGUGUA